CCAGCAGGCCCAGGACUGGAGGUAAAACAUGACCAGUGUACAGUCCAGCGAAGGCACCAUACUGGUGCAGGGACAGAAGCUCUUCUACCGGGAGGCUCGGCCUGCUGGUGGGCAGACCCCUGGCCUCUCUGUGUUCCUCCUCCAUGGCAUCCGCUUCUCCUCUGAGACUUGGCUCAAGCUGGGCACACUGGACAAACUGGCCCAGGCUGGCCACCGGGCCGUGGGCAUUGAUCUGCCAGGUCUAGGCCACUCCAAGGAGGCAUCUGCCCCCACACCCAUUGGGGAGCUGGCUCCCAGCAGCUUUCUGCAGGCUGUGUUGGAGGCUCUGGAGCUAGGGCCCACGGCCCUGGUCAGCCCAUCUCUAAGUGGAAUGUAUUCACUGCCCUUCCUCACAGCACCUAACUCCCAGCUCUGUGGCUACGUGCCCGUCGCCCCAAUCUGCACAGAUAAAGUCAGCCCUGCUGACUAUGGCCGUGUGAAGACCCCCACUCUGAUCGUGUAUGGAGACCAAGAUCCCAUGGGGGAGUCAAGCCUCAAGCACCUGCAACAGCUGCCUAACCACCAGCAUACAGGUGGAUAAGCAGAAUCAGGAGAAUUAAGGAGGUGCAAACCUGGGAUCUCAUCCACAUGGAGGGUAAUUUAUUAGAAACCUCUGUCUCAUGGUGCUUCCUCUGCUCUCUCCCCACCCCCCAGCUAUAGCCUUUGCUAGGUCCCUUCUUGUAGGCCUCUCCAUACCCCCUCCCUUUUCCUGUCUUUACCCACAUAGGAUUUCAUAUGUGCGCACACACACACACACAUACAUUUUUCAGCUGAGAUCUCAUGGGGCAAAGGAACUCCUUGGGAUGCUGGGGAAGGUCCUGGCCCCAUGGGGUUCUGGGAGUGUGCAGCUCUAGGGUUCAGGUGCCCUGGAGUGGGGGGUAGGGGCUCAAACCUCCAUAAGUGCUUCUUUCUGGCCUCUGUCGAGGGAAGGAGGAUACUGUAAACAGUUGUUGAGGGGAUCUCCUUCCUCUUUCUAUUCUGACCCCUGAGUCCCUGGCGCCCAUAGUGACCACCUCUUCCUGCCCUUCAAUCACAGGGGCUUGGGAGAGAAACAAAAGAAUAAAGAAAUCAGACCCUC